ACCAUGUCUGCCGCCCCCGCACCCUCUUCACCCUCCUCCGCCCCAGAACCUGCCCAAUCAACACCCGUCAAGGACAAAUUUGCGCAAGCAACAGUCGCAAAGGAUGCCCCAUCCACUCCCACGCAAAAACAGACUGUGGAAAGCGAAAAUGUCCCGCCAACACCGGAAGUCCGCCUGAACGGCCGGCGCACAUCGACGAGCAGCGUCACCGCCACACCGAGUCGCGAUGGUCCAGGAGGAGGUGAUGGCUGGGGUUCGAACUUCUGGGUCACUCUUGUAGACCCGCAGACUCAAGUGUCAUUCUUCGCAUGCCCGGCCACGGGCGAAGUUAGCUGGGACCCUCCGGCCGGACACUUUCUACUGCCCCCGAGUCCAGAGGGCGAAUGGUGGGAGAUGUUCGACGAAGCGAGCGGCCUGCCAUAUUACUAUCAGACAAAGACCGGCGAGACCGUCUGGGAGCGACCGAACGCCUUCGUAAUCCCGCUCGGGGUCCUCCAAAACACCGCCCUCACGCGCAGAUUGUCCCUCGUUAACCGCGGCCCUCAACAGCCUCGCACCAGCUUCGACACCAGAAACGGAUCGCACCCUACCUCCGGGACGCCGACGAGCGAACGCUCCCCCUACCGCCGCUCGCGCUCGUACGUGAACGACAGAGAGGGUGGGUUUGCCAAUGGGCAUGGUCACGGGACAAAAGGCACAGGCUCUCCUACCCAAGCUCGUCGAUCGCAUUCCUCGACGCGCAGUUCUCCAGGACGGACACAGGCCGCGCACGCGGGAUCGAAUCAAUCUUCUCGACCAGGGUCUUCUGGGAGGCGCUCCGUCCAGAGCCCGCGCAAGUCGACGUCCAGCGCUGAGCACCUCCACCAUAGCUCGGGGUCUCAAGGCGGUCCCCUCGCGUACGAGCGUGGUCAUCCUCUUGCGCCUAUACCUGGCUCUCCGUACAACACCGAUGCUGCCCCUUCGCCCGCGCCCUCGACCGACGGUCGCCCGUCCACGAGUGGUACUCCCGUCAACGGUAGACCCGCGUCGAAGCGAGACAAUCUGCGCGAAAGCGACGAGCCGAAUACCGCUCGCUCGCGCGCCAAGUCGUCCUCGUACAUGCAGUACCGCGCUCCACAGCCACAGAGCCUGACAGCCGCGCUUGAGAUGAUCGCUCUCUCCAGCUCGCAGUCGUCGUCUGCCCCGAGUUCGCAGGACAAGCAGGGUGGCUCGGAACACGGGCACGGCUCGCGUUCAGUCCCGAUCACGCCGUUGCACGAGUCCCCGCGGAAGAUGAAGAUCAACACCGACCCGAAGCUGCUCAGCGGUGCUUCGCUGUCCGAUGGCAUGAGCACGCCCGACACGCCUCUUCGCUUCAAGUUCAAAGGGCUCGGGAAGGACAAGGGGAGCAUGCCGCCUUCACCGACCCGGCCUCAGCUCGUCGCGCCACAGCCGAGACGGAGCGUGUCGAGUCCGGUACCGGUUCAGAUACGAGGAAAGGAGAUUGGCAACCCUGUGCUCAAUCCUGAGGCGAGUCGGCAUAUGAGCCAGCUCGUGGACCGGAACGGAAGCACACCAAUCCCUGUCAACAUCUACGACAAGACAGCGCGGACGUCCUCGCUGAACACUGGGAAGUACCUCGUCCUCCCACACGACCUGGCGUCCGACAUCCAGCAAUUUGCGGAAUCUGAGUUUGCGAAGCAGUACUUCUCCACACAUCGGACCGGAUUCAUCUUCAAGCGCACAGUGCCAGUCUCUGAGAUCAUGACAUGGCAGAAGGCCCCGAUUACUUCACCAUUGUUACACAUGAAGCGCGAACUGCACAAGGAUGCCGUGAAGACCUUCCGCGUCAUCCAGCGUAUCAUGGGGGACCGAGAGCGCGACAGGCCCGGUGGCGUGUCGCCGAUCAGUCCGCUCGCGUCGACGGUAUCGGUCGCGUCUGGCAUGUCGAAGUCGCUCUUGGAGGAAGAACGUUGGUUACUAAGUGUCGGCUUGAGUUAUGGAGAGCUUCGAGACGAGAUUUACUGUCAGGUAAUGAAGCAGCUCAAUGGCAAUCCGAACACGGAGAGCGUCUUCAGGGGAUGGCAGCUACUCUGUGUACUGCUCGUAACGUUUCCGCCGUCGAAGAACUUCGAGGCGUACUUGCGAUCAUACAUUCAGCAAGCGACCACGCAGCAAGAAGGUCGUGUGGAUGUCAUGGCGAAAUACUGCUUGCGAAGACUAGCGUAUAUCUCCAAGAAGGGUCCUCGAGGAAAGCCCCCCAGCGCGGCUGAAAUCGAAACAGCAUCAGAUGCUGCUUUCCAUCCUUCCAUCUUCGGGGAAGCCCUGGACACCGUCUAUAGGUUACAAGAGCGUAACUACCCCGACAAGAAGGUUCCCAUCAUCCUCCCCUUCCUUGCCGACGGUAUCCUCGCACUCGGUGGCACGAAGUCGGAAGGCAUCUUUCGCAUCCCUGGUGACGGGGACCUGGUUUCAGACCUCAAGCUUCGUAUCGACAAGGGCUACUACAGUCUCGACACCAUCGACGACCCUCACGUCCUGGCUUCCCUGCUUAAGUUGUGGCUGAGGGAGUUAAUCGACCCGCUCGUCCCCGAUGAGCUCUACAACGAUUGCAUCACCAAAUCGCACGAUCCGGACGCCUGUGUGCAGAUCGUACAGCGACUGCCGACGAUUAACCGACGUGUCGUUCUCUUCGUGAUUAGCUUCCUGCAGCUUUUCCUGGAAGACAAGGUUCAGGUCGUCACCAAGAUGACGAGCGCUAAUCUGGCGCUUGUCAUGGCUCCGAACUUGUUAAGGUGUAACUCGGAAUCAAUGGCGGUAGUAUACACUAACUCUGCGUACGAGCAGCGCUUCGUGCACAGCCUUCUCCUACACCUCAAAUGUGACCAGGUCGACCCCGACUUCGUCCCUGUCCACGGACACGGUGCUAUCUCUGCCACACCAUCUGCCCCCCGCCGCUCGACGAACAAACGCACUAAUCGUCCCAAUCAUUAGUCUCCCAACUGUACAUGCAUAGCUCCGACCUCCGGACGUCACUGAUAUCCUAAUCUAUCCACUGAUAUACCAGUAAUACCGUUCAUUGCCGCCAAUGUUGUUCUCAGUACUGUCCUUCCCAGGUCUUAGCGCACUCGUACUCAAUCAUACACAGAUCAGCACGCUCUCUCUUGUUGUAGCAUUCACUCUCACUCCUGCUCCUCUCAAUCUCCAUCGACGUAUCCACCAUCUUCGCAUCAUCUUCACAUCGCAGUCGUACAUACUGCCAAGCGCGUAAUCCCAUGCAUUCACUGUACACAUCAGCAUGCGUCCUCCAUCCUCUUGUUCAUUUGCAUUCUUCUUUCUGCUCUAGGAUCAACUCUAGUCUGGAUGGAUGGUUCGCGGUUUUCUUCUGUAUCUGUC